AUGGCCACUAAAUUCAGCAACUACGUCACCGGCAAGAGACAUUUCAAUAACGUGGUGGGGCCAGAAGACAAACUGAAGUGGGGCAGCCUGGCGGAGAGAGCCAGCCCCGGUGCGGCUCCCGGUACACGCCGCGAACGGCCCGACUUCUGGGCGUCGCUGCUGCUGCGCGCUGGGGACAAGGCGGGGCGCGCGGGCGCCGGCGCGGGGCUGCCCCCCUACCACCGGCGCGUCGGCAUGGUCCAGGAGCUGCUGCGGAUGGUGCGCCAGGGCCGGCGGGAGGAGGCAGGGACGCUGCUGCAGCACCUGCGCCAGGACCUAGGCAUGGAGUCAACCUCACUGGACGAUGUUCUGUACCGCUACGCCAGCUUCCGGAACCUGGUGGACCCCAUCACACAUGACCUCAUCAUCAGCCUGGCCCGCUACAUCCACUGCCCCAAGCCGGAAGGUGAUGCACUGGGUGCCAUGGAGAAGCUUUGCCGGCAGCUGACAUACCAUCUCAGCCCCCACUCCCAGUGGAGGCGGCACCGGGGGCUGGUGAAGAGGAAGCCGCAGGCCUGCCUCAAGGCUGUCCUUGCUGGGAGCCCUCUGGACAACACGGUGGACCUCUCAGGCAUCCCGCUGACCUCCCGUGACCUGGAGCGGGUGAGCAGCUACCUGCAGCGAUGUGGGGAGCAGGUGGACAGUGUGGAGCUGGGCUUCACAGGCCUCACAGAUGACAUGGUCCUACAGCUGUUGCCAGCACUCAGUACACUGCCGCGCCUCACCACACUGGCCCUCAAUGGCAACCGGCUGACGCGAGCCCUGCUGCGGGACCUCACUGACACCCUUAAGGACCCCAGCAAGUUUCCCAACGUCACGUGGAUUGACCUGGGCAACAACGUGGACAUCUUCUCAUUGCCCCAGCCCUUCCUGCUCAGCCUGCGCAAGCGCUCUCCGAAGCAGGGCCACCUACCCACCAUCCUAGAGCUGGGCGAGGGCCCAGGUGGUGGGGAGGAGAUCCGGGAUGGGGCAGUGGACCAGGACCCUAGAGGAGGCCCCCUGGCCCCUGCUGAAGACCAGGAGGGUAGGGAGACUACAGGUGCAGCUCAGACAUGACACUCAAGUGUUGGGGCAGGGGGCUCACCAGGGAGUCUGUGUCAGGUAGGAUGGCUUGAGGCAGACUAGGGUCUCCUACCAGGGGGCUGAGGCUAUCAUCCAAUACUGGCCUGGGCAGCCCCACCCAUCGGAAGCCUGAAUGUAGCAUCUGGGAAAGGGGGGUCCUGUUAAUACUUCUCACUCAUCCUCUCCAUCUCCCCUAGUCAAUCCCAUUAUCUGCCUUUUGGCUCCUGAGAAGAUAUCCCUGGAUCAAGAGACUGAUGUCUCCCCUCAGCCUCCCAAGACUUCGAGGUGCACUAUAUGGGAUGAGGAUGCUGUAAGCUUGAGCUGUGGUUACUCUCCUCCAGAAAAGGAAUGUAGUUGGGACACUACAUCCAGACUUUCCAAUUCUGUGCCCCUGCUCAAAGCUGGCUGAAAUCUUAGCAUCCCAACUCCUGACAACAAAGAGGCUGGGGUAGGGAGUCUGCUGCCAGUCCAGGAGCCUAGUCUCUGUACUAAAGGCUGUCUACCUCCUCAUGUGGAGCCCUGGGGCUCCUUGUAAUUGUCUUUCCACACUUCCCCAAACUGGAUCCUGUCCAUGAAACCAGCCACCACCCUAUACCAAUCAAUAGAGAAUCCUAGGGUGUUUGGGCAGAUGAUGCCCACAGGUGUGCAAAGAAAGGCACAGGCAAACCCCACACCAUAUUCCACCCCCCAACAAAAACACUACCAGACUUUAACAUGGUUCCAGUAUUGCUAAUGUGUAGGCUUCCUUUAAAAACCGGUUUUAAGGACCUCUUCUCCAUAAAAUUCCUCCUGAGUCCCUGAAAUAACCCUUGAUACUCUAAGAACAUUCCCAAAACCUAUUUUGGAAGGCCAGGACUAGGAUGAGAUUAAGAGCAAAUUCUUGGCAGAUCUAGUGCCUCCAAGACAGCUGGGGGAAGGGGAAAGACUAGAGGUUCAAAGAGUUAAGCAAAGGUUCUUACCCUCCUUUACCCUUACCCAAGACCUACCAGUUAAUAAUCCCUUCUAGGCACAAUAAGCCCUAGACCCAAAUGUAGAUAGUAAGUCCAGGGAGCUGGGAAACCAUCUUGAGCCAGAGAAAAUUACUCCAGAUGCCUGAAGUUAAACCCCCCAAGCAAACAUCAGAGGGCACUAAGGAAGCAGCCUGACAAAACCUCUAGCUUCAUACCAAGCAGGCAAAAUCCCAACACAGGAAGGCAGUAAGAUGGGAGCUAGCUUAAGAACAAGACUGGGAUGUUGCCUGCUACUGCUUAAAGAUUUGGCCAGGCAAGGUGUAGAGCUUGAGUUAUUAGAGGAAGUCUAAGCAAAGGGACAGAACCCAGAUGGAACAAGGACUACACUCAAGUGUAUGGAUGCCUCAAGUGUUUUUGGAUAGUUGCCCUCAAAGUCUAAAGUUGUUAAGAGGGGAAAAUAGGGGAAGUUGACAAAUGCUAACACCUGGGCUAAUACUUGACAGCAGUGAUUAAAUUUAGUUUUUUCUUCAAAUAUACAUUUUUAAGAACCAGUA